GCUAAGGUGGGUGAUUCUCCGCGAGGAAGCCGCGACUGAGCUGGGUUUUGGGGGAGAUGGGUAGAAGCCUCUGAUAUCCAUCCAGUUCUCAGUGAAGCGUCGCUUGCCAUUAACGUCUUGUUUUCCUGCGGUACUGCUGUAACAACAACCACCGGUAGAGAAACGGAGACGCGCAUUCCACAACUCAUCACCUCUGUCGUCUCACCUGCAUUUUGAGCGGUGAACCGGAGAGGUAGCGGACCUGAAUAUGGAUCAGGAGAAGUACUUGCCGGAGCUCAUGGCCGAGAAAGACACGCUGGACCCUACGUUUGUCCAUGCGAUGCGUCUCCUGGCUGAAGAAAUUGAUAAGUAUGAGGGGGACGAACUGAGGAAGGGUGGAGAUGUGAAGAAGUACCUGGAUAUCAUCAGCAACAAAAAUAUCAAGCUGUCAGAGAGAGUCCUCAUCCCAGUUCAGCAGUACCCCAAGUUUAAUUUUGUUGGGAAGCUCCUCGGGCCGAGAGGGAACUCGAUGAAGAGGUUGCAGGAGGACACAGGAGCCAAGAUGUCGAUUCUAGGGAAGGGCUCCAUGAGAGACAAAGACAAGGAAGAAGAAUUAAGGAAAAGCGGAGAAGCCAAGUAUACCCAUUUGAGCAACGAUCUGCACGUUUUAAUUGAAGUCUUCGCUCCUCCUGGAGAGGCCUAUUCUCGCAUGAGCCAUGCCUUGGAGGAGAUAAAGAAAUUUCUAGUUCCAGACUACAACGACCAGAUCCGCCAGGAGCAGCUGAGAGAACUGUCCUACCUGAACGGGUCCGAUGACACCAGCAGAGUGCGGACCGUACGGGGGAGGGGCCUGAGGAUGGCUACCACGGCAACCCCCAGAGGGCGCGGCGGUGCGGCCCCUCCCACCGGGCGUGGGACGGUGGCGCCCCGCGGGGGCGGAGUCACGCGGAGCGCCCUCCCCUCAGCCUCCCUCUCCAGGGGGGUCCCAGCCCCCCGGGCCCGCGCCACCCCAGGGAACCCUGGCUACCGGCCCUCGCUGCUGCCCCUCACACACGACGCCUACGAAGACUACGGCUACGACGACGGCUACGACGGAGAAUACGACGACCAGAGUUACGACACCUACGAAGAGAACUACAGCAGCCAGUCCAAGAGCAUUUCAGAGUAUUAUGAAUACGGCCAUGGAAGCAAUGAUGAAACAUACAACAGCUAUGAGGAGGAGUGGAUGACCUCCCGGCCUGCUCUUAAAGCUCCGGCGACCCGCCUGGCCCGGGCAACCUACAGAGAACAUCCCUAUGGUAGAUAUUGAAGGUGCCUCACACCUGUGAACGCCAACAUAAGACAACCAACCUUACGAUCGUCCCCCCCCCCUCUCCUCCCCCAAAGUUGUAGCGUACCUCCUUCCCCUCUCCAAUCUGCCCCUUCCUCCGAAUCUCUCAACCCAAGGAACCACACACAAAGCACAUAACCCCUAACCAUUCAAGCGGUGGCAGUUUUGUCUUUGUUUUUUUGAUAACUUGGGACUCUUUUUCUAGAACAACAAGAAAAGAAACUGAAAAAAAGAGAGACUAUUUUGAUUUGACAUUGCACCCAUGCAUUGGAGUGCGGCUCCUGGUUGUCAACAGUUGUAUGUCCCCCUUACAUGAAAGCAGGAGGCUGGUUCAGACCUAAAUGCGGUGGGACUUGCCCCCCUUAGUGCAAUGUGAUGACAUCAUGUUGAUACUGGGAUGCUAGUGCUGUAUGAAGCUGACAGACUUUAUACAUUCUUUUUUUUAUAUUUGUUAUGAUGUUACAUAUUGAUCUUGUAAAACAAAUACACAUUUUGAUGUUGGGGUUGAGGGAAAUCUCAAGAGAUGUGCAGUAUGUAGCUUACUACAAGUGCUUUGUUCUGUGUUUAAUCUGUAUUUGUACAUAAAAACCAUAUAAUAA